GUGUGAAGAGAAGAGGUGUAAGCAUUGCAAAGAUGGAAGCUGCAGCUCUGAGCCUGGCCGGGAAUGCGGUGGGCAUUCUCAUGCCAAAGUUGCAAGAAAGCUUCUCAUCAAUCUGGAAAGUGCGAGCAAAUGCCCGCUUUAUCAAGGAUGAAUUGGAGAGCAUGAAUGCAUUCCUGGUGAGGAAUGCUGCCAUGGGGCAAUACACCGAUGAUGACCUUGAGUUCAAUGUCUGGAUGAGCCAAGUGAGAGACCUCGCUUAUGACCUUGAGGAUUGGGCAGAGGAGUUCACUUGGCUUCUCUGCCAACCUCAUUGGCAUGGGAUCAAUAGUUGCUUUCCUGAUGUGGUCCGCUUCACCAAAGACUUGGUAGCAAGAGUCAAGAUCGCCAAUAAUGUCCACGAGCUCAAGGGUAGAGUCCUUGAGGUGGGUGAGAGAAGUAAACGCUAUGGUUUGCGGGGACGAACAACGCAAGAACCUACAAGCUCUUUGAUCAUUAUUGGCCCGGUGGCUCGCAUGCAACAUGACCCACGUUUGGGAGCCCACUUGACUGAUGAUUCGAUGCUUGUCGGCAUAGAUGGGCCAAGGAACACAAUCAUGAAUUGGUUGAUGGAAGGGGAUGGCUUUAUGCUGAGAGUCAUCUCAGUUGUAGGCAUGGGUGGACUAGGCAAGACCACUCUCGUCAAAAAGCUCUAUGAAAAUCAACAAGUGAUGAAGCAUUUCCCCCGUCGUGUGUGGAUCACUGUUUCACAAACCUUUGCAUUGAAGGUGCUCUUCAGAGACAUGAUCAGCCAGCUCCUGGGUUCACAAGUGUUUUCUGCUGAAACGACAGAGGGUCAACUUGUUCAGCAACUUCGGGACGAACUGAUGAAGUUGAAUACAAGGUACAUGAUUGUUCUCGAUGAUGUUUGGUCCUUGCAUGCAUGGAAAAGUUUCUUGCCAGCAUUGCCUGAUAAUAAUAGACUAGGAAGUAGAAUCAUUGUCACAACUCGUAAUCUAGAUGUCGCAUCUUUUUGCUCUCAAGAGUCUGGUCAUAUCUAUCAUUUAAAACCACUUUCUCCUGAAAAUUCUUGGCUCCUCUUCUGCAAGAAAGCCUUCCCACGCCAUUAUAGUAUUUGUCCACCUACCUUCACAAACUUGUCUAAAGAAAUCUUGGCCAAAUGCGAUGGGUUGCCGUUGGCCAUUGUCACCAUCGGUGGUGUUUUAGCUAGUAAGCCCUUAUUAGAGUCGGAAUGGCAGAAAUUACAUGAUCAUUUGGGCACCUCAAUGAUGUCUCAGUCUCACCAAGGUUUUGAUGCCAUGAGGCAAAUUCUCUCUUUCAGUUAUUAUGAUCUUCCUUACUAUCUAAAGCCAUUUUUCUUGUACCUGGCCAUAUUCCCUGAGGACUACCAAAUCAGACGCAAACGCUUGUUGAGGCGGUGGAUCGCCGAGGGAUUGGUGAAUGCGACACGAGACAUGUCAACCCAAGAAGUGGCAGAAUGGUACUUUAAGGAGUUGAUGGCUCGAAGCAUGAUAUUAUCAUCAAUCAUCAAUGGUGACACCACAGUUCACUCGUGUCAUGUCCAUGAUUUGAUGCUUGAGUUUGCACUCAACAUGUCUGACAAGGAGAAUUUGGUUUCGAUAAUCACCAGACAACAACAACAACAACAACAACAACAUCAACAACAACCUCCUCCACAGCAACCUCAAGAUGUACGCAAAGCUCGUCAUUUGUCUCUGCAUCAACAUUCGCUGCCAUCAAGCAUUCGUAAGAACAAAAAUCUAGAUUGUAUUCGAUCAUUAACUGUAUUCUCUCAUGGUAGAGUUUCACUCAAGAACACAAGAAGAAUGAAGCUCUUACGAGUGCUUGAUCUGGAGGGCUGUGAUCUUACUGAAGAUGAAGAUCUUGAAAUCAUCUGCCAGUUCACUCUUCUCAGGUACCUUAACUUGAGGAACACCUCUAUCAGAUCACUACCAAAAGCCUUAGCGAAGUUGCAGAAUCUUGAAACACUGGAUCUCAGAUGGACCCAAGUGACAGAGAUUCCUCCCCAGAUCACCAAACUUCACAAGUUGGAAUAUCUAUUUGUGGGUGGGUUUGAGCAAGAUCCCUCUGGCCCAGCAUUAACAUGCCACGGCGCUGAGUUCCCAGCUGAAGGGUUGACAGCUUUGAAAGCUCUAAAAACACUGGGCAUGGUCAGCUUCAAAACGAACCCAAGGGAGUUGGGAGAGAUGACUCAACUAACAAAGUUGGGAGUGAAAGAUAUCACCACACCAGAGAAUGCAAAGGCCUUCGUUGAGACACUUGAUAAGCUCAGUGAUCAGCUACGCACACUAAAGGUCAGUUGGAAUUGUGAUGUUCCUUUCUUAGAGGAGGUAUCUCAACUUCCUGUUCAUCUUAAAAGUCUCUGGUUAUCAGGUAGAAUGAAUAAUAAGUUGCCAACAUGGAUUGCAUCUUUGGAGGGUGUUUCCAAAAUGGCUUUAGCUCACACAAAACUGAAUGCAGAGGACAUGCAAGUGCUGCAGAGGUUGCCAUGCCUGAAGGAGCUUGUUCUGUUUGAGAAUUCGUAUACGGGUCAUGAAUUGCGCUUCCCGUCUGGAUAUUUUCCGGUGCUCAAGUUGCUGCAAAUUGAUGGCUUGCCUCAUCUAACGGAUUUCUUGUUUGAUGGUGGCGGAAUUCAACUUGAGAUACUAGAGCUUCUUAUUACCGCAAGGAGAGCGUUAUAUUAUCAGUUGAAUGGAAAUAAGCAUGAGGUAACUGUUGUCAUUAAAUGGUCCGUUUUGUACAAUCCCCUGUUGAUGAGACGGUACACUCGACCGCUGCGUGGGUCAGGCAAUGUCCCCAUGAUUAACGGUAGCAAGAAAACACUUGGUACUCAUAUCACCUGCGAAUCUGGAGUUGACACAAAGAUUUUUGUGGACGUUGGUAUGGAUCAUCCGUUGUGUUUAGCUUAUCAAUAUCCCAACCUGUCCUUGUAAGUAGGUCAGGUUGCUCUUUUAAUCCCUUUAUUAUAGUUGGUCAUAGGAAGUCUCUUUAUUUUUUCA